AGAAAAAAUUAAAACUGGUACAGUGGAAUGGUCCGUCUACAAACAUUAUUUUAAGUCAAUUGGUACUUUUACCAUACUAGCAACUAUAGUAAUGCACAUAGCUUUUCAGUUCUUUAGCGUUGGUUCCAACUUUUGGCUUUCUAAAUGGUCUGAAGAUAAAGAUUUAAUAAAAAAUGGAAGUGGAAACAAUGUUAAAGAGCACAUGUAUUUAUGCAUCUAUGGAGUACUGGGUCUUGGUCAAGCUGUUUCGGUAUUCGUGUCUUCAAUUGUAUUAUAUUUGGGUACUUUGAACGGAGCCAACAUUCUACACAAUGUUUUACUUUUCAAUACAAUUAGAGGUUCUUCUAAUCUAUUUUUUGAUAUAACUCCUGCAGGCAGAAUUAUGAACACGUUUUCGAAAGAUGUCGAUGCACUCGAUAGUGUCUUGCCAGAAAAUAUGAAAUCACUUCUCACUACUUCUUUAUCUGUCCUCGCAACAUUGUUUGUCAUAUCAUUUAACACACCAAUAUUUAUCAUAUGUGCCAUACCUCUUGGUAUUAUUUACUACAUUGUUCAGAGAUUAUACAUCGCAAGUUCAAGGCAACUUAAACGUCUCCAGUCGAUGUCAAGAGCCCCCAUAUAUUCCCAUUUUAGUGAGUCUUUGGCUGGAACGUCAUCAAUAAGAGCUUAUGGGUUAGAAGAUAAGUUUAUAUGUGAAAAUGAGCAAAAAGUUUAUGAAAAUCAAAGGUGUCAUUAUCCUAAUAUAAUAUCUAAUCGUUGGCUAGGAGUGCGUUUGGAAAUGAUUGGAAAUUUGGUUAUUUUCUUUGCUGCUAUUCUCGCUGUUAGACAGGAAAAGCCCAAUGCUAGCCUUGUGGGUCUCUCUAUUACCUACGCAUUGCAGAUAACACAACAUCUGAAUUGGUUAGUCAGGAUGAUGUGCGAUCUAGAAACAAACAUAGUAAGUGUAGAACGAAUAAAGGAGUACGGUGAUUUACCACAGGAAGCAUCCUGGGAAGAUCCCAAAAUGACUCCAUCUCCUGACUGGCCCGAAAACGGGUCCAUUGAAUUUAAUAAUUGCUGGGUUAGGUAUCGACCCAAUUUAAAACCUGUUCUGAAAGGACUCAGUAUUUCUAUAAAAGGUGGUGAAAAAAUCGGAGUAGUAGGGAGAACAGGGGAAGGAAAGUCCAGUUUUGCACUUACUUUGUUUAGAAUUGUGGAACUGGAAGAUGGAAAAAUAAUUGUUGAUGAUAUAGAUAUUGCUACUCUAGGCCUUUAUGAUCUACGAUCUCGACUCACUAUCAUCCCACAAGAUCCUGUCUUGUUUUCUGGAACGUUAAGAAUGAAUUUGGACCCUUAUAAUAAAUACACUGAUAAAGAAAUUUGGAAAGCAGUUGAAAAUGCACAUAUGAAAUGUUUUAUAAAAAGUUUAGAUUCGGAUUUGUAUUACAAAUUACAAGAAGGAGGAAAGAAUUUUUCGGUCGGUCAGAGGCAGCUAAUCUGUUUGGCUAGGGCUUUAUUAAGAAGAAGUAAAGUGUUGAUUCUGGACGAAGCUACGGCUUCCGUAGAUCUGAAAACGGAUGAUUUGAUACAGAAAACGAUCAAAACUAAAUUUCAGAAUUGCACUAUAAUUAAAAUAGCACAUCGUUUGAACACCAUAAUGGAUUCCAAUCGAAUUCUAGUUCUCGAAGGAGGAUCUGUAGUGGAUUUCGAUACUCCAUCAGCUCUUUUAUCUAAUAAAAAUUCAAUUUUUUACAACAUGGCUAGACAUUCUGGUUUAGUUAAGUAACAUUGAACAUAAAAAGGAUAGGUCUUUAUGAACGAAUUAAUUAAAGGCGACGGUCUAUUAUAUUGUUUAUAAUGGUGAUUAAUUAAUAUGUGUAGAAAUUGAUGGAAUUCAUUUGAGAAGAUGUAAUGAUAUAAAAUAGGUUUUGCUGCAGAAGCAUACACUGACACUGAUAGAGUAUUAAUUAUUGAAAGCCUGAACAUGGCGAUUGACAGUCAACUUGAGUUGGUAACCAAUCAAGGCAAAAGAUCUUGUUAGUUCCAUUUAAAAAGCAGUGAACAACAUAAAUUUUUAGUUGGAAUAUGAUCAGAAUUAGAAUCUAUCAACUAAAAUGAUAUGUUAACGUACAAAUACGUUAUUAUAAUUUGUAUAUUUGCACAUAUAUGGAUAGUUGUUAUAUUUCUGCAAUAAUUAUUAAAUAUAGAAAUAAUUAACUGUGAUGGAUUUUCCAAUUUUUUUUAACUAAUAUAGAAGCGGACUCGCCUUUACGUAUGUAUAUUUCCUGUUUGGAGAUUACACACCUUUAAAUUACAAAUUAAUGUGCUCAACUCAAGGUUGUAAGUUAUUAAUAACGUUACUAAAGGACAAUAUGUUGUUUUAGUGUUUAUGAAUAUCUCUUGUUAAUAUAUUUAACAUCUUUAUAGCUGUAAAAAUAUUUUU